AUGAGUUUGCAGGCAAAAUGCCUGCAGCUGACUCCUGGGGACAUGUUCGCAGAUUCCAAGGCCACAAGGGACCAACGCAUCGUAAGCAUUUCUGAGACCUCUCGAUGCAUCAACCACUUCAUGGCAGGUUUCAACCUCACCUCCUCUGACCCUUCAACAUUUAUCCUAGUGGGCAUCCCCGGCCUGGAAGCUGCCCACUUCUGGAUUUCCAUCCCUUUCGCUGUGUUCUACUUUAUCGGCCUGUUGGGAAAUUUCACAGUUCUGUUUGUUGUAGGUAAGGAGCAGACCCUGCACAAGCCGAUGUACCUGCUGCUCUGCAUGCUGGCACUCACAGACAUUGGCUUGUCUACCUCUGUCGUGCCGAAGGCACUUUGUAUAUUUUGGUUCAAUUUGAAAAGCAUUACUGUGGGUGGCUGCCUCACCCAGUCAUUCCUCCUUCACAUGGCUUCUGCUGUUCAGUCAGCCGUCCUCGUCACAAUGGCCUUCGAUCGCUAUGUUGCCAUAUGUAACCCCCUGAGAUACACCACCAUCCUCACCAACGCACGAUUAGCUAAGCUAGGACUAGUGGGUUUGACAAGAGCUGUUCUCAUCGUACUGCCCGGGCCCCUGCUCCUGAUCAGGCAGCCAUUCUGUGGCAACCACAUUAUCCCCCACACUCAUUGCGAGCACAUGACUGUGGCAAAGAUGUUAUGUGGGGACAUCACAUUUAACUGGACAUAUGGCUUGGUGAUAGCAUUUGUAGGCAUCGGGUUAGACCUGACGCUCAUUGCCCUGUCCUACGGUCUGAUCAUCAGGGCCGUCUUCAGAAUCUCCUCCAAGCAAGCCCACCAGAAAGCCCUCAACACCUGCACAGCCCACAUCUGCGUGAUACUGAUUUCUUAUACUUCCAUCCUUUUCACCAUUCUGAUUCACCAGUUCGAUCAGGGAGCUGUUCUGCAUGUUCACAUCAUCUUGGCCAACCUCUAUUUCCUUGUCCCCCCUAUGCUCAACCCUGUCAUUUAUGGGGUCAAAACCAAAGAAUUUCGUGAUAUAGUGGGCAAAUACAUCUGGCAGUGGAAAGAACCACUGAUCUUUGCUCCUCAGCUAGUUCAAUCUCCCAGCAUAUUCUGA